AUGUAUUUUCGAAGAUUAUCACCACUGUAUAUUUUACUAGGAGUACUAAUAGUGGCUAUUGUUAUAUUCAAUGUUUCAAUUCUAACUACUUCGUCAUCAGAUGGUUCAAGUUAUUCAAAAAAUGGAGGAGCAACUUAUUAUACUGGAGGUAAAAAAGCCAUGCAAGCUCAUAUUGAUAAAGUUGAUAGUGAAGAAUUUAUAAAUGAAGUUAUGAAAGAAAUUGAAGAUACCAAAAAAGAAGAAAUAUUAGCAGAUUAUAAAUUAAAAGUAACUAAAAAUGAAAAACCAAAGAUUAUCCAGGGUUUAAAAACUGAAAUGAGACAAAAAUAUCUUGAUACAAUAAAAGAUACCAUUAAAGAAGAAAUCAAAGAAGAAAGUACUUCAGAAAUAUAUAAACAAAAUUCUUUGGCUUAUGAUAUAUACCAGAAUUUAGUAGAUAAAUACGCGAAAGAUCAUCAAACUGAAUUUAAACCAGCAUCAUUUUUAUCAAUAUUAUCAAUGGAAAUUGAUUCUUUUCAAGUCCCACUUGAAUUUGAGUCAAAAGUUGAAAAAGCAACACUUAAAUAUUUUGAUAGAAAAAAAUAUUUCCAAUACCUUAUAAAAGAUAUAUUAAUAGCAAAUAAACCAAAUUGUGAUCCAUUAACAAAAGAAGAAAAGGGUAAACAUUUAAAUCCAACUUAUCAAUGGGAUGCAAGAAUUAUUUCUGAAAAAUAUUUACGUGAAUCAAAUUUAAAUAUCCCUGGUGCAAAAUUUAAAUGUUUACAAAAUGCUCAUGAUCAAGUUGUUAAGAAAUUAAAAGCAUUAGCUGAUCCACCAAAUCAAUUUGUUUCGGGUAACGGUAUAGUUAUAAAUGCUGGAGGUGGAAUGAUUGCAAGUGCUUUAACUUGUAUAGCAAAUUUAAGAGAUCAAGGUUCUACUUUACCUGUAGAAAUGAUCUUGGACAAACAAGAAGAAUACGAUAAACAAAUUUGUGAAGAUUUAUUACCAAAUAAACUAAAUGGUAAAUGUGUUAUAGUUGAAAAAGAAUUAGGGAAAGAAGUUUUGGAUUUAGUUGGUGAAAAAUUUGCAAGAAAAAUAUUGGGUAUAUUGGUGUCAUCAUUUGAUAAUACUAUUGCAAUUGAUGCUGACAAUUUGGCAGUAAAAGAUGUUGAUAACUUGUUGUAUACAGAACCUUAUUUAUCCACCAAAAUGAUCUUAUGGCCUGAUAUUUGGGUCAAAUUAACAAGUCCAUUAUUUUAUAAAAUUGCAAGAAUUGAAAAGGGAGAUGUUAUACAUAGAUAUGGUAUACCAAAUGAAGAUAAAUUUCAUGAAUACAUCCAAAAAGAUAAAGUACUGGAGAUUCAUUAUCAUGAUUUUUCAAACUUACCAAAUCCUACAUCUGUUGAAACAGGUCAAAUGGUUUUCUCCAAAAAAGAACAUAUGAGGUCAUUAUUAUUAGCAUUAUAUUAUAACAUUAAUUCAAAAGGUUGGUAUGAAGAUUUAAUAUAUCAAGGAGCAUUUGGUGAAGGAGACAGAGAAACUAUUGUACCAGCAUUACAUGUAAUGAAUGAAAGAUAUCAUUUAAUGAAUCAAAAAGUCCAUAUUUUAGGAUAUGAUGCAGAAAAUGGAAAAUUCGUAGAUACAACAUUAACACAAACCGAUCCAAGAGAUAAUCCUGAAUUUUACUACGAUUGGAAGAAAUUUUUAAGUACAAGAAAUUUGGAUACAAGAUUAAAUCCAUUCCAAUCUGGUGAAUAUACAAGUAGAUUAAUAGAACAAUUUAAAGAAUAUAAAAAGAAAAUUAUAGAAGAUAAAAAAAUUGAAGAUGAAGAUACAGCUCAUAGAUUGAUUGAAUAUAAUUUACCACAAAUAUUAUUUUUACAUUGUAAUCACCCAAAAAUAGAUCCUGUUAAAAAUGCUCAAGAAGGUGAAUAUGGUACUUAUUCAAGAAGAUCAAUGGGUAAACCAGAAAAAACUCAAAAAGUUCUACCAAACAAAGAUUGGGAAUUACGUUUCCAUUCAAUUGCAAAAUGGGUUGCUUGUGAAGCUAUAACAUCACCUGAAUUUUGGGCAAAAUCUAAAAUAGAUCAAAAGACAACAUGUUUUAAAGUAAGUAAAUAUAUUGAAUAUUUAUUACUAGAUUCAAAUAACCCAGCCUCAGAAUUCAAAAACGCAGAUGCAGAAAAAUUUAAAACAAUAAAAUUCACAGGAAAUUCACAAAACAAUCAAGGUGAAUCUCCAAAUAACGCAGCAGCAGUAGCAGCAGCAGUAGCCAACAACAACGAUGCCAAAGUUAAUGCUAUAGCACAACAACAAGCAAAAGAACAAGCAGAAGCGGAAGCUAAAGCCAAACAAAAGGCAAAAGAACAAGAAGAAGAAAAAGCUCAAGGUAAAGCUAAACAAGAAGCUAAUCAAAUGGAUCAAGAAUUAAAUGGUAUUGCUAUAAAUAAACCGAAUGAUGCUAAAGCUAAUGCUAUUCAAAAUAAAGAUGUUAAAGCGAAUGCUGUUCAAAAUAAAGAAGCUAUUGCUAAACCCAAUUUAAAGAGAUGA